CUCUGCGAGCAUAUCGAAGGAGGAUGCUCAUUGAUAACUUUACCGUGAGGUCACCUGAUGUGACGUAUACUGACACGCACAUCGAGUCCAAGUACACGUAUACGAGCACUGAUCUGAAUUGUGAGGAUCUUGGGGAUGGUCGUUGCGCGUGGACAAUUUCUCCAGUAGAAUCGGACUUUCACUUUUCGACGGACCGUCGCAUCCCAAGGCUUGGAAUCAUGCUGGUCGGACUUGGCGGUAACAACGGUAGCACCUUGGUCGGAGGCGUCAUAGCUAACCGCGAGGGAAUCACUUGGAAGACCAAAGAGGGCGUUCGUGUUCCCAACUAUUUUGGCUCUCUAACUCAAUCAAGCACUUGUCGUGUCGGUUCUGUGAAAGGACAAGAAGUUUUUACUCCGUUCAAAACUCUUUUACCUAUGGUCAACCCAAACGACAUCGUGUUUGAUGGAUGGGAUAUCAGUGGGAUGAACCUGGCUGAUGCUAUGGAAAGGGCCAAAGUAUUUGACUGGGAUCUCCAGAGGCAGCUCGCUCCUUACAUGAAAAACAUGAAGCCUCGGCCCGGAAUAUAUGACCCAAACUUCAUCGCGGCAAACCAGUCAGCCAGAGCAGACAACUGCUUGAAAGGAAGCAAGAGAGAACAGAUGGAACGUAUCCGGGCAGACUUAAGAGAUUUCAGAGAAAAAAAUGCACUUGACAAAAUCGUUGUGCUGUGGACUGCAAACACAGAGAGGUACAGUGAAAUUUUGAUUGGCUUGAAUGACGAUGAGAAAAGUUUGAGGUCGUCAGUUGAUAAAAAUGAACCAGAAAUAUCUCCAUCCACACUGUAUGCACUAGCCUGCAUAGAUGAAGGCGUGCCGUUCAUUAAUGGAUCGCCUCAGAAUACGUUCGUUCCCGGUCUAAUUGACGCUGCUGUUCGCCUCAACACCAUUAUUGGUGGCGAUGACUUCAAAUCAGGUCAGACCAAGAUGAAAUCUGUCCUUGUUGAUUUCUUGGUUGGUGCGGGUAUUAAACCAGCAUCGAUCGUGUCAUACAAUCACUUAGGAAACAACGAUGGCAUGAAUCUCAGCGCCCCGAACUGCUUUCGGAGCAAAGAAAUCUCCAAGUCUAACGUGAUCGACGAUGUUGUCAGUUCUAACAGUUUGCUCUUCAGACCUGGCGAGCAUCCAGAUCAUGUGGUAGUGAUCAAGUAUGUACCUUAUGUUGGAGACAGUAAAAGGGCAAUGGACGAAUACACCUCCGAGAUUUUCAUGGGCGGGACGAACACAAUUGUUAUGCACAACACAUGCGAAGAUUCUCUACUUGCAGCUCCACUCAUACUCGAUAUGUGCCUUAUUGCUGAGCUUUCCACUCGAAUCAAAAUUAAAGGCCCGGAUGAUGAGCAGCUCCGUGGGUUACAUCCGGUCUCUUCGCUCCUUUCGUACCUGACUAAGGCCCCACUGGUACCCAAGGGGACCCCGGUGGUGAAUGCACUCAGUAAGCAGCGCGCGAUGCUGGAAAACGUAUUCAGAGCUUGCAUCGGGCUGGCCCCCGACAACAACAUGCUCCUCGAAUAUAAGUGAAUCAAACAUGCUACUCCCUAGUAACCUAUCUUCGUACGUACGAAGGUAAGAAGUAUCUUCUAAGCUACAUACAUAAACGAAGGUAGCUAGCUAGUCUAGCUAGGUACGUCGUGUCAAAGUAAUCCGGUAGAACAAAAUAAAAUAAUUAAUACGAAACUUAAUACGAAACGAAGGUAAUGUUACGUACGAACCAAUGAAGGUUAAAUAAUAAAGUUACCUUACUUCGUUCGUAUGAUACCUUCGUACUAUGAUAUUUAUAUUAUUGUUGCAACCAAAAGUUCUCCAGUAACCGCAUGAUGCGCGAGGAGAUUCAUCAACUGACGUUCGCAGGUGGGUCGGCAAAGCGGCGGAUGGAGUCUCGAUCAAUGCGAUGACAUACAUUUAUUUUAUUUUACCGCGCAACUUGUACUUGUACCUUUUUUAAAUUCCCUGUACACAUCAAACAAAUGGAUAGAUAGAUAGAUGGAUACACUCGCUGUAGCUACGUUCGCAGCCCUGCGGCGCAUGGACACAAUAUGUGCCGUUUCGACAGUUCGGCACGUUCCCCUAACGUGCCGGAACGGCUGCGGCUACCCCGGUCUUAUCCGGGACCAGCCCCAGACACCCUUCAAGGUGCCCACUGUCUAAGGUUUUGACUCUUGGACCCUAUACCAGCAUUGGGGAGACAUCCCACUGAAUCCCAUGGCGCGUCACCGCCAUAGGGUCCCUUGGCGCGUGUCCUACAAGGAGUGCAGGGCCUGGACGCGCAGGCGAGCCCACGUAUCCGUGUACCCAUUUUCAUCCCCCCCUUCCUCGCCACGCCAAGCGACCAUUGGUUCCGACCACACCUCCCCCACCGACGAGGUGCAACCGGGUUUCGGGCCGGGACCCCCCUCCCCGUCUCCGCCGCGCCCGGAGAACCAGGCAACGACGGGCGUCGCGCGCCCUGCGCCAGCGCCGCGCGAAACUUUACGCCGCGCUCGACGUUGGCCGAGCCGAUCACCGGCCGUUCCCCUCACCCGCCAAACCCGUGAGACAAGCUCAGCCCGGUAGAUACUACCCGUCGAGAUCGUGUCUCGUGGACGGUGCUACCGACUUCCACUCCUAUCCACUGGAGCGGUCGAGUAGACUUCAAAACGGGGGUGAUUUUUUCUCGCAAGAUCGGCGGGGGUGGAGGCGGGGGGAAAAUGCAGCACGGGGGGAAGCAAGAUGUCCAUCUGUUCUUUAACGAGAAGCCCGGCCCUGUGCACAGGACCGCAGCCACGGACUAUAAAGAGCGCUUCUCUUUUGCCAACUAUGACCUCGAUGGUAUCGACAACGCCGCCAUUGCGGUCCUCGUUAAGAGAAGGAAGUCGGGUCUGGGAAACAUAGUAAACCACUUUUUUAUGACUUCCAGCAACAUUCGUCACGCUCACUUCGCAUUUGCUUACGGACAAGAAGCUACUCUCUAAGUUGCCUACUCGAAGUUGUUACUUAUCGCCCUAGGAUACUCGCUCGUCUGUGUGAAGCUCGGGUCGACCGAGCGGCUGUGCAGACCCGCCG